AAGCAAGCAAAAUGUUUCCCUCCCUAACUGUCGUUGUUGUUUGUCUCGGGCUUGUGUCGGCUGGUUCUCUGGUGAAGAGACAAGCUGGAUGCCCUGAUCCAUUCACCAACGUACCUAACCCCUGUGUUAACAAUGUUCAGGGCAGGAUCUACUAUCCCCACCCUAGUGACGCCUCCAAAUUCAUCCAGUGCGACCUCCUUGGACGUAUGUACAUUAUUCAGUGUCCACAGGGAUUAACCUACAAAGCCAGCACAUCUUCCUGUUCAACAGUUGGCGGGGGAAGCCUUCCCACGGUGAUGCCGGCUACAACCACCACUCAAGCACCUGUUCCUGUCGUCACCAGUAAACCCUCCUCCAACCCUUGCUCUGUAUUAAAUAUAAACAGGGGUAACAUUUACUUUGCUUACGCUUUUGACAAGUACCGAUUCAUCGAGUGUGAUUUGUUAGGAAACGCCAAUAUUCUCAACUGCCCCUCCGGGCUUGUUUGGGAACAGAGUCGUCUCUCUUGUGUUUACGACAUCGGAACGGAUAACGUCGUUCCCAACCCAGCCGGAACAGGUACCGGAAGUGGGACUGGAAUGGGAACCGGAACAGGAAGUGGUACCGGAACUGGUGGCACCGUGGAUCUAACCACCCUUUGUGCUCAGAAAGGAUCCACAAUAACCACCACUGACGAUCUGUUUCACCCCUACCCAGGAGACAAAAGCAAGUUCAUCCAGUGCGACCUAUGGGGUCAAGCUAACGUAGUGGACUGCCCAACGAAUUUGAUCUGGAACGAAAUCAGCAAAACUUGCGCUGCUCCUUACAUUGUAAAUGGCGUUCCUGCUCAAUCUCUCACAGGCUAACUUUAACUUAUUGUAGAGUUUAGCUAGGUUCUAAAAUUUCUGCAUUUUAAUUGUUCAUGAUAUACAUCCGUGUACAUAAGCUCUCUCAUUUCUUUUCUCUGUAUCUCAGGAAAUAUCUUGUUUGCUCAUAAGAUUUGACUUGCAAUAAAAUGAC